GCAACGUUGACAACUGACAACAUGCACAUCAUCUUGCCUUUCCCACUCUUCACCCUUCCCUUUGGCUUAUUUCGUCACAACCAUGGUCUCUGUUUCAACCCUCGCUCUCCGCUUUUCCCCAUUGCUGCUCUGGUUGGGUACCGGUGGAAGAGUUGCCGACGCCUUGUCACUGAGCGGCAAUCACCAGAACAGCAACAAUCCAACAACAACCAACAAUGUCCCACAGGAUUCGCCGGUGCUAAGUCGUCGCGAUUGGCUCGCCACUACGGCCGCAGUAUCCACAGUGCUGUCAGCACCACAGCAAGCCAACAGUGCACAACAACCCAUUGCUGUUUUGGGAGCCAGCGGACGAACCGGUGCUCUCUGCGUCACGGCAUGUCUCUCGCGUGGGUUUCCCGUCAAGGCACUCACGCGGACGGGAGAAUGGAUUUCGCCCAUGGAUGAUGGAGCACCCGCAGAAAAUGAUUUGCUGACGGUAGAGGCAUGUGAUAUCAAGGAUCCAACCGCACUGGCUAAUAGUCUCAAGGGAUGCCGUGGUGUCAUUUAUGCCGCAUCGGCGUCGAAAAAGGGUGGCAAUGCAGCUGCCAUUGACAAUGUGGGUGUCGUGCAGGCAGGAAAUAUCUGUUUGGCCGAAAAAGUGCCCAGAUACAUUGUAAUUUCUUCCACGUCCACCACAAGACCCAAAAGUAUGGGAUACAUCUUUACCAACGUCAUGGGAGGAAUCAUGGAUCAGAAACGUCUAGGAGAAGAAGGAGUGAUCAAUGCCUACCAAACUGCAGCGGAUGCUACAUCCUUCACCAUUGUCCGCCCGGGAGGAUUGGAAGAACCCAAAAAGAACGAAGUGUUGGGACCUCGAGCCUUGGAAAUCACGCAGGGAGAUGUCUUGGCAGGGAUUGUUAGUCGAGCCGAUCUGGCCGAAGUAGCCGUAGAACUCGCCGCUUCCACGGCUCCCAAUCUGCGUAAUACAGCCCUCGAACUCUACUAUACCGACUCGACCGUCCCCGUUGACGGAAAAUUCAAGGCCAUGAUGAACAAUGGAGUCGUCCCGCGGUUACAUGGACAAACCUAUGCGGAAUUGUUGCAAGGAAUAGAACCAUACGUGGACUAUUAUUUAGCAGAUAAUUUGGGUGCGGGUGCGCGAGUUAUUGGGAGAUAAUCUGGGCCAAAUCGUCUGGCUGGCAGCCAAAAACCUGCUCAGGGCGUUUGGCUGAGACCACAUUUUAAAAUUUACGUCCUAAAACAUGUCAUAAAUGUUCUGAAGACUGUACAAGAUAUACGGUACCAGUGCUCAGCUAGCUAAAGAUAGCGCCUCAAUAAUUGUUGGUUUCAAUGAAAACCAAUCCGU